CAACCUCCUCCUCUUGUUGACCUUGGUGAGUUGGGCCCGGUGAGAUGCAAGCGUUGCAAGGCAUACAUGAACCCCUUCAUGCAGUUCAUAGAUGGAGGCAGGAGAUUCCAGUGUGUGUUUUGCAGUGCUGCCACAGAUGUACCGAAUGAGUACUUUGCUCAUUUGGACCACACAGGUCGCAGAUCAGAUUGUUACAACAGGGCGGAGCUUUGUUUAGGCACUUAUGAGUUUGUAGCUACAAAAGAUUAUUGUAAGAACGGGGUGCCUCCCAAAGAACCUGCUUUUAUUUUCAUGAUUGACGUGUCUUAUAACAGUGUCAAGAGUGGUCUUGUCGAGCUGAUAUGUGAUAAAUUGAAAUCAGAGAUCCUUGUGAAUUUGCCAAAAGAAGCAAAUGCUGAUGAAUCAGAGAUUAGAGUUGGAUUUGUCACUUAUCACAAAGAACUUCAUUUCUACAAUGUCAAGAGCUCCCUGACACAGCCUCAGAUGAUGGUAGUGUCUGACCUGGAAGACAUGUUUGUACCUUUGGUCGAUGGUUUCCUAGUCAAGUUGUCAGAAUCAGAAGCUGUCAUUGACAGCCUGCUCUCUCAGAUCCCUCAGUUGUUUGCUGAGUCAAAGGAGACUGAGCUUGUAUUAGGACCCGUUAUUCAAGCAGGACUUGAUGCCCUCAGGUCCGCAGAGAGGGCUGGCCGCUUGUAUAUAUUUCACACAGGGCUCCCAACAGCUGAAGCUCCAGGCAAGUUGAAGAACAGGGAUGACCGCAAGUUGCUCGGCACUGAGAAAGAAAAGACAAUACUGACCCCACAGACGCCCUUCUACAGCAAGCUGGGCACUGAAUGUGUGGCUGCAGGCUGCAGUGUGGACCUUUUCUUGUUUCCCAAUCAGUACAUUGAUGUUGCAACUAUCUCUGAUAUCAGCAGAGUCACUGCCGGCAACAUCUACAAGUACAGCUACUUUCAGGCUGAUGUUGAUGGAGAGAGAUUCAUUGAAGAUCUGAAGACUUCAGUGAAGAGAUCACAGGCAUUUGAUGCAAUCCUCAGAGUCAGAACUAGCACAGGCAUUCGCCCAGUAGAUUUCUAUGGCAACUUCUACAUGGCAAACACAACAGAUGUAGAGAUGGCUUCCAUAGACAGUGACUCCACCGUGUGUUUGGAGGUCAAGCAUGACGACAAGCUCAGUGAGGCAGAGGGUGCCUAUAUUCAGGUUGCUGUGCUUUACACCAGUGUGACUGGACAACGGAGACUGAGGUGCCAGAACCUGUCACUCAACUGCUGCAGUCAGAUGGCAGAUUUGUUCAGAAGCUGUGAACUUGAUGUUCUCAUUAACUUCUUUGCAAAACAAGCUAUUCGCACCUGUUUGAAUGCCAACCCCAAGCAAGUGAAAGAGCACAUCACAAAUGAAGUUGCCCAGAUUCUGGCCUGCUAUCGUAAGAACUGCGCCAACCCGUCCUCGGCCGGCCAGCUGGUGUUGCCGGAGUGUAUGAAACUGCUGCCCCUGUAUGCUAACUGUGUGAUCAAGAGUGACAGUAUUUCUGGUGGCUCGGAGAUCACCACCGAUAACAGAAGCUACCUUAUGCACUUGGUCAACGGAAUGGAUGUGAAGAUGACCAAUGUUUUCUUCUACCCAAGACUUCUGCCAGUUCACAACUUGGAUUUGGAAUCCUCAGAGUUCCCCGUGGCACUGCGAUGUUCAAUCGAGAGACUGGAGGAUUCAGGCAUUUACAUACUUGAGAAUGGUUUAUCAAUGUUUUUGUGGGUCGGCCUCAACGUCAACCCAGUUUUGAUACAGCAGAUAUUUGGUGUUCCGAGUGCAGCUCAGAUCGACAUUGAUAAGGCGCAGCUUUUGCAGCUGGACAAUCCUGUGUCUCGCAGGCUUUGUGAACUCAUUGCAAAAAUCCGAGAACAGAGAUCAAGAUAUCUUAAGUUGACCAUUGUGAGACAACGAGACAAACUCCAGCCUUGGUUUGACCAUUUCCUUGUGGAGGACAAGGGCAUGAAUGGCGGUAGUUCUUAUGUGGACUUCCUGUGCCAUAUACACAAGGAGAUCCGGAGCAUCCUCAGCUGA